GGGAUUGUCAGUGAUAGAAACGCAUGUAUGGGGAAUGUAUAUACACAGCCAAACACACGUGUCUCUCUGUUUGUUAAUAGGUAAACAUGUCUUUAAUAAGGGAUAGGCUUUUUUUCCACACUUUGAGUGGUGUUUGCUUGCUAUGGUAAUGUAGGUGGUUUCCAAGAGAUUGCUUCACAGUUGCUAAGGUGUUUUGAGUGGUAUUUGUCACAUUUCUGUGGUUUCUGGAUGGUUACUCUAGGGCAUCGUAGGUGGUUGAAAGGGUGUACUGGGUGCUUCGUAGGUUGCUGGCCAAAGACGGAAAAGCCUAUGAGACAUGCUCUCAAACUGGUAGUCUUGGAAUUUGUGUCCGAGUUGGAGUCAGGCCCAGAGGGAAUGUUAUCACGGCCUAGUGAUUAAAGGAACCAAUGUUGAUAAUCUCUCUCAAGAACAAACUUCACAUUUUUUAAUUCUUUAAUACCGUUAAUGGAAGUUUUUCCUACAUAUAUGAACUGUGUAGUACUGUACUGUGUAUAUAUGUAUAUUUAAAAUAUAUAAAAUGGUAGUUUGUCAAUAUGUUACAAUAUAGAAAAGAUCCAUAAAAAAUUGCCACCUUUCAUGAAUUGAAAAAUAUGAGCACUUAUGGGCCGAUUUACUAAACAGGGCAAAAAAGUGCGAGAGCGCAAUUUAAAAAAGCGUCGAUGGGAGUGGAAAUUUCUGCGGGUGAUUUACUAACAAGGCGCAAAAAAAAAAAAAAGGGCACAAUAUCUCAUUCCCAUAAUGACCAACACAAUCUACCAAGAGCAGCGCAAAUUAGUGCAGGCUUUUUUGGGCGUUAAAUAAUGCCGCAAAUACCAGAACGAUCACAAGCUCAAACCUUAAUAAAUUGUGUUGCGUGAUUCAUUUCAAAUAAAUACUCUUUUCACAUAAAGAGAAAAUUCCUAUAAAUGCAUGUGCAAUAAGAUCACUCUUUUCAUUAGGGGUGGGAAUCUUUUGGUACCUCACGAUUCUAUUCAAAUCGAUUUUUGGGGUCACGAUUCGAUUAGAAAUCGAUUCUGGUUUUUUUUAUAACGAUUCUUCCUCAAAAUUUGAUGCGAUAUAUGAUGGCGUUCAAUGUGAGUCUUUACAUUUAGUGUUCUCAAAAUACUUCACCUUCGCUUUACAAGGAUACAUAUUGCAUACAUCUUGUCAAGCUCCUUCUUACCAUACAGUUGAUAAAAUCCGAAGUAUUCUCCAAAACUUGCCCUCUCGACUGUCCGGGUGCCGGACUGCUAUUGCAAAAAGUUCCACCUUUUUUGUUCCGACAAUAUCGACAAUUGUUAUAUUAACUAGAAAAUAUAUUUUUGUGAAUCGAUCAGAAUCGUUAGAGGACUGAAUCGCGAUUUAUAUGUGAAUAGAUUUUUUUUCACCCAUCCCUUUUAACUCUGUGUCUGUAGUGAAAAUACUGACGGCAGUUUUUUACGCCAAAAUAGACGCUUUGCUACCGCAAACUGAUAGUAAGUUUGCCCUUAGGCUAAUACCAGUAUAUUUAAAUACAUAUUUUUAUUGCAUGUAAUAUUUAUAUUUCAUUCAUUGCAUUAUACUAUUCAGUAUAUAGUUUUUUAUUUUGUAGUAAAUGUCCUCCUGAUCUGUGUGUUUAUUUCACUCCAUGUUUCUUUAUCACACUCAGGCUCAGCCACAUCCCCUUUAUUUACAUACUACAUUAUACACUGCAUUAAAAAAUUUACAAUUAUUUUUGACCUUUUAUUCUGUCAUAAAUGGUACUUGCAUAAUUCACACAACGUAUGAUGUAUAAAGACAAGACAAAAUCUAAUUUACUGAACUUUCAUUUCCUUGAUUUAUCAAGCCGGAUUCACAGUUUACUGUAUUUUAUCCCAUUUAUUUGUAAUAAUGUCGAGCAUGCGUCAUAGCUGUGAUUUAUUUUUAAUAGCUCAGCAUAAUGCGACGCAGGUUCAGCUGGGAAUACAGUUUGUUUAUUUCUUGCACCGUGUUCUCAGAUCUUGCGUGAUUUCAGGUGCUUUUCUACUUCAACUUUUCAUGGCGAGUGAAUUAAACUCUUUCAUCGCAUGUUUCCUUCGGCUUAGAUGCUGCUGUGCAAAUUGUAGCAAAGAAGCUUAUCUACCGCUAAUGAAACGUUUGAUGUGGUCCAUGCAAAUGCAGGAAUAACAAGAUGGAUAUCUUGGGCCGUCUGGCACCUGUUGGCCCGACAUAAGUGGAGGAAAUCACUGUUUGUGUACAGUGUUAUAAAUUUUGAACAGAUGCGUUGUGGUCAAUUAUUUUCAAACGGCUAAAUAUUGGUAAUUUAUUAUAAAAAAGGUUUACUGUAUAAUUACUUUAAAAAGGGACUUGUCCGCUCAGAACAAAAGCAAAUUUUAAUGGGGUUAGAUGAACAGGCUUUCCAAUCACUUCAAAUGUCAUGUGCUCUCUGGAAUCAGAGGAUUAGUCUGGUCAUUGUGUUUUUUCAUAGUUAUGUGCGUAAUUUCAUUCAGGCCGAAAUCUUUCACAGGUGCAGGUGUUUUUAGAUACUCAGCCACUUUUGUAACACUUGUGUGUCAUUCAGAGAUGGUUUUGUGGUCCUCAAGUCAAACAGAACCUUUAAAAGAGGAAAAAUCACAGUCUACAGAGCAACAGAAGUGCAAAUACUGACAGUAUCACAUACUUCAGACCAAGGCUCCCGUUGCGUUGAGAACAAUGAACACUUUUGUUUCAUCUAAGCAAAGCCGAGCUCACGUCGGCAGUUUUUUGUAUGACUGGAAAACAAUGAGAAAGAUAAAAUUAGCAUCAAAACCUGCUGGAAAAGACUUUUUUUUAAAUAGCGUGGCUGGAGAUUUAGAUUUAGCCCCAAGUAUGAUGAAGUUAAAGUUCAAACAAUAAAACAAAAUUUUAAAGAAUAAAGUGAAUGUUUCCACUACACAGCUGAUAAUGUGCGUUAACAGGCGCGCGUGUGUUUGUGUAAGCAAUUGUACUGUAACGUUGGCUUUAUAUGUGUGUGUCUACAGUAACUGUAUAUGUGUGUACCAGAGAGCCUCGGUUGGGACCUUAGACUCUGCAAGCCAACUGCUUUUCCACAUGCAAACAAGUCCAGAGGGAGAAUAUCGACCUGUCAGGCCCCCCACUGCUCCGUGUACUCCACACACAGCUGUCUGUCUCUCUCACGGCUCCAGAAUCAAUCCUCUGCUUCAUCUGAUCUUCAUCGCUCAUGGCAUUUAGAGUGACAUCGAUGAAGGGCAUUUCCGGACCCGACCACGGCUGUCAGCUUGGAGACAAUCGGUGCCAAACAUUCGCACCUCGCGGGUGAAUAGGAUGUGGCUUUCAUUUAAUGACGUGCCUUUUGCCAUAAGUUGUUGCUGUGCCUGGACACUAGCGUAGGCCAUGGGCGCCACAAAGAGCAAACCCAAAGAGACAGGCCAACGCUCCCGUAGUCUAGAUGAUGGGAAUGGAGGACACCACCACAGUCCCAACCAAUCAUCAUUCACGCCCAGCCGGAGCCCGGCAGUGGACGGUACCAGACGCGGCACCCAGCCCAGCAUCAUCAACGCGGAGCUGUUUGGAGGCAUCAGCUCUACGACCAACAGCAUCACCUCUCCUCACCGUGGCAUGCUAGCAGGUGGAGUGACCACGUUUGUGGCUUUGUAUGACUAUGAGUCACGCACCGCAUCUGACUUGUCAUUCAGGAAAGGAGAACGACUCCAGAUUGUCAAUAACACGGAGGGUGAUUGGUGGCUGGCUCGCUCGCUGACGACAGGAGAGAGCGGCUACAUUCCCAGCAAUUACGUGGCACCAUCCGACUCCAUCCAGGCUGAAGAGUGGUACCUUGGAAAGAUCACACGCAGGGACUCAGAGCGUCUCCUCUUGAGUUUAGACAACAGGAGAGGAACCUUCCUUGUCAGAGAGAGUGAGACCACCAAAGGUGCCUACUGUCUGUCUGUCCUUGACUACGACAACGUCAAAGGCCUAAAUGUCAAACAUUACAAGAUCAGGAAGCUGGACAGCGGGGGAUUUUACAUCACGUCGCGCACACAGUUCACAACUCUGCAGCAGCUGGUCAACCACUAUAGACAACAUGCUGAUGGCCUUUGUCACUGUCUGACCGAUGUUUGUCCAGUACAAAAGCCUCAAACCACAGGUCUGGCCCGAGAUGCCUGGGAGAUUCCACGGGACUCUCUUAGACUAGACAUCAAACUGGGCCAGGGCUGUUUUGGAGAAGUCUGGAUGGGUACGUGGAACGGUACGACAGGCGUGGCCAUUAAAACUCUGAAGCCUGGCACCAUGUCUCCCGAGGCCUUUUUGCAGGAGGCACAGGUCAUGAAGAAACUCCGACAUGAAAAGCUCGUGCAGCUUUACGCCGUCGUCUCUGAGGAACCCAUCUACAUCGUCACCGAAUACAUGGGACAAGGAAGUCUGUUAGAUUUCCUAAAGGGCGACAUGGGAAAGAUGCUGCGUUUACCUCAGCUGGUGGAUAUGGCCUCUCAGAUUGCCUCCGGUAUGGCGUACGUGGAGAGAAUGAACUAUGUGCACAGGGACCUCAGGGCUGCCAACAUCCUGGUGGGUGAUAACCUGGUGUGCAAAGUGGCCGACUUUGGUCUCGCCCGACUCAUAGAAGACAACGAAUACACGGCCAGACAGGGAGCAAAAUUCCCCAUUAAAUGGACAGCGCCUGAGGCGGCUCUGUAUGGACGCUUUACCAUCAAAUCGGAUGUGUGGUCUUUCGGGGUCUUACUGACAGAGCUGACGACUAAAGGCAGGGUCCCUUAUCCAGGUAUGGUAAACAGGGAAGUUUUGGACCAGGUGGAGCGUGGGUACAGGAUGCCCUGUCCAGCUGAGUGCCCGGAGUCCCUGAACGAGCUCAUGCUGACCUGCUGGCGCAAGGAGCCCGAGGAGAGGCCGACCUUCGAGUAUCUUCAGAGCUUCCUGGAAGACUACUUUACUUCUACUGAACCGCAAUACCAACCAGGAGAAAACCUCUAGAGAUGCCGAGUGUGAGAGCAGAGAAAUCAGUUUUGGGUAAAGGAUGCGUCUUCAAACAUUCAGCUGGGAAAUUAAGAACUCUGUGCAAACGUAUUGACUUCUCCUUCUGAAGCAUCUCCCUGUAAUUACCGCAUGUUUUUUUCCCUUGGCUUUGAUUUCAAAACGAGACGGCGCUUUUCUGUAUCAGUCGCAAGAAAUGCAACCACAAAUUGCUUCUUCAGCCAUGCAACGGUGCCGUUUUGUGCGGAUAAUCAUUUCGAGAUGUUAUUUUCGUGGCUCUGUGACAAGGCGGCUUGAUCUUUAGCGGUUUCUUCUUGACCUUGAUGUACUGCUGCGGAUGAUCCAGAUCUGUCAAUCAUACACUCUGCUCCUCCCCCCUCAAACCCUUUCUACUCAUUCCACCCUUCUCGAUGCUCUGGGGUCUCUGUGAACCCUUUGACCCUAAACCGCAUUUCGUCAGAGGAGACGCACAUGAGGGACGAGACUUAAUCACCAUCAUGAGACGUCCAGCAGAUGACGGUACUGCCCUGUACAUUUGGGAGACAUUUGUGGUUGUGGUAAAGCAACUAAACAUUUGUUUUACUCGUCUGAUGAACAGAUGCUCCGAUUUAAUGUCUUCCACUAGAUAUCCAGGGUGUGUAUUUAAACAAAUGUGGUAAUUUAUGCCUUUUACUGGUAGAUAUGAAAAUUUGUCCUAAUAUGUUUUCCCUGUAUCAUCCUGGAUAAACUGGAAUAAAAAUAAUGUGAUUGGCUAAAAACUGGUCACAUGACAUCUUGGCUUUUAUAGAUUGGGCGUUUGGACUUGAAACAUUCUUCCUUUUGAUAUGGACUCAUUAAAAACAAUCAUAAAGAAUGUUGUUUUCAUUUGAUACAUUUAUUCUUCUCUUCUAGAUUUUAGAAAACUACUGAUAUAUUAAGCGACAUUUUACUUUCAACAGAGGUGACUGUAUAGUCCUACUUUGUGUGCCAAUACAAAAGAACAAAAAAGAAUUUUGUACUGUUUAUGAUGUAUAAAAUGUAUUUUUAUUAAUGUCAUUUUUUUGUAUCAAAGAGGGUAAGCAGGCUUUGUAACUAGAACUAAAAGUCGUUCACGCAAAAAUAAAAAUGACAUCGUUUGCUUAUCAGCGGUUCAAAGCUGUAUGAUUUUUCCUUCGAAGUUUGACUUGAGAAUUUUACUUUUCCAUAGAAUUGUAGUUUCUAUCGGAUCAAAAAUAAGAGGAAAAAAGCAUCAUUAAUCUAGUUCAGAUCAAUUUCAUGCUGUUCAAAUCCUUCUGAAGAACUAUCGCUAAAUUCUCCUUUUGUAUUCCGCAGAGUCAUACAGCUUUGAAAUGGCCACAAACUUAAGUAAAUGACAAUAAAGCUUCUAUUUUUGGGUGAACUGUUUUUUUAAGUAUGACUGAACCGUCUCCUCAAAGCGUGUUCAAUGCUGAUUUUCAAAUGUUGUCUUGUUUUGGCUUUUUGAUAAAUCGUGACCUGCAAAGUUGCCAGUAUGUUAUAUGCAAAAUAGCAAUCAUUUUAACUUAUAAUUCAACAAGUAACAAGUUUAUUGCUACUUAAUUUUCAGAUCUUUAUGUAUUAACACUGUAAUGUCCCACAGAAAGCCAUGAACCCAAUCUGUGAGGUGUUUCACACUAGAAUUGAGUGUUAAACAAUUCAUACCUGAUUAGGUCAGUUAUAGGUCAACUGAACGCUAAGUACCGCCACUGACCUUAAACCAAGUAUGAGAAACCAAAUGCCCCAAAAUAAUAAAAUGACUGCCAAGAUGAUGUGGUAUGAACAUGAAUUGAAACUAGGGAUGUUUUUUUUUGGUUUGCAUUCAGAAUGGUUUGGAACUGUGAAUUGUGGGUAAUGUCAAGUGCUGACGCGAAUGGCAUGCACGUGAAUUGGUAAUUUUCGCUGGAAGAUCUGAUCUCCAUUGACACCUGUCAAUAUACUGUAAAUACUUAAUGGUAACUGUAAAUAUUCUUUUCAUAUUUAUUCCUAUACUGUAUGUCGCAGGUUAUUAUCGAUCGGCUGAUCUUUGUUACUCCCUAAAAACUAGUUUGAAUAAAACAGGUUCUCUGCCCCACAAAGAAAUUUUGAUCUUUUAAAAAUGCAAAUGAAUCCUUAGAAGUUCUUUCUUAUCUAACUGCAUAACUUAGAAUUGUUGAGUGAGCCAAUCCCACGAUCUGAUCUAAUCACGUGAUCUGAUUAGAUCCCCAAUCAUUGUCAUUACAUAUUUAACAAAAUGUAAUCAGUCUUAAUUAUCCCUUGAGGUUUGAUUCACAGCAAACUUAAGUAUUGACAGCGACUUUCAUUUGAUGCUUUUUGUUGCAGCUCUUAUUUGCAAUAAAUGCCUUAUUUCUUUUGACAUGAUAACUGCAAUGUUAAACCACACUGUAUACGUCGCUCUAAACCUGAUGCGAAACACUGAACUGACAGAUUUGAUUGACUAGUGAGAAAUGAGCCUGCUGUUAGUAAGAACGUAGCAAAGUAAAUUACAAAUCUUAAUAAAAAAAGUAAAAAAAUGCUAUGGUUAGAUCUACAAGUAAACAACACAUUGUAUAUUCAAGCUAUGCAGUUGCCUGUCUGUAUUACAAAUGCAUUUGCUCAGAAUCGAACCUCAGGUUCGCAUUGUAGUUCUUCAACGUCAUGGCCUGUAUCAAAAUAAAAAUAAACACUGAAAUUAAAAUUGUACUUUCAAAAUUUAA